CGCAGUGACAGUCGCAGUGACAGUCGCCGCGAUAGUCGCAGCGAUAGUCGUGGCAAUAUUCGCGGCGAUAUUCGCGGCGACGGUCGCGGCGACGGUCGCGGCGACGGUCGCGGCGACGGUCGCGGCGACGGUCGCGGCGACGGUCGCGGCGACGGUCGCGGCGACGGUCGCGGCGACGGUCGCGGCGACGGUCGCGGCGACGGUCGCGGCGACGGUCGCGGCGACGGUCGCGGCGACGGUCGCGGCGACGGUCGCGGCGACAAGCACGGUGAUAAUCGAGGCGAUAUUCGCGGCGAUAAUUGCGUCGAUAUUCGCGGCGAAAGUCGAGGCGAUAAUCGAGGCGAUAAUCGCGGUGAUAGUCGUGGCGAUCACGAUUUUCGAGACGUUGACUACCGAGCGAGGCUGUCGCCCGGCAGCAAUAGGGCAGACGCGAGCGGGAAGCAGAGCGCGCGGUUGGAAGACGACGCUCUGGCCGCCAGCCAGCACCGGCGCGACAAGACCAACAGAUGGGAGCGCGUUAGCCUCGACGACGUCUUGUCGGGUAGGUUCCGCGCGCAGGACCGCGACCCCGGCGAGCCGGAGCUCGAGAACGACCCCGUCGGGGUGUCGGGUCCCGCGGUCAUUCUGCACGACAUUCCCCAUGACGUGGAACAGGAGGAGAUUCGCGCCUUCCUGAAGACGUUCAAUGGCCCCGUGCGGAGUGUCAGGAUCUUCAAAAAAUUCCGAGGUUGGAGCCGCAGUUUCGCCAUCGUGGAUUUUAUACACUUACACGACGCUUCAAGAUGGAUGGAGGCCUAUCAGUUCCACCUGCUGCUGCGAGGACAGAGAGUGGCGCUCGAACCCUGCCAAAGCAACCUGUGGCGCUGCCCGAUGUGUCAAGGGAAGAACUUUUGGCAGCACAGCUGGUGCUUGCGGUGUCAGCACUCCAGAGAAGAAAAAUCUCACCCACCCCAGCCGGCUAACGAACCCGACUUGGAGAACGCCAACAAAACCCUGAUCCUGCACAACUUGAGCGCCACGGCGACGCUGGAGGAGAUCGUGGAGGCCCUGGCGCCGCUCGUCAUCCUGUCGGGAGACAACCUGCGCCUCAUCAAGCAGAAGGGCACUCGCCUCAACCGCGGCUUCGCCUUCCUCGAGAUGCCUUCCACGCUGGAGGCGAUCCAGCUGUUCCAGACCAUCGAGGGUCAGGAGUGCCCCAUCUUGGUGCACGGCAAGAGGAUCCACGCCGACUUUGCCAAGGCCACCAAUAGUCAGGAGCCGUUUGACUUCAACAGAGCGACGGCCGUGACCAAGGGCAGCGCUGCCAUAGCUGCUGCCAGGUGGUCCUCGUCACAGCCCAGCCAAGGCUCUGAGGAGUGGAACGCCUGGUCCAGUUACUACCAGCAGAACGGACAGCAGGGCGGGGGGGAGGUCUACGUGCAGGACUACAGCCAGUACUACCAGCAGGCAGAGGCACUCAACUCGGCCAUCGGGGCUGCUGCUGCUGCUGCCGCUCCUUCCGCCGCUGCCGCCACCACCACCACCGCCGCAGUGGCAGCAGCGGCGAUAGCAGCGGCAGGACUGGCCACGACGAAGAAGGCAGAAGUGGAGGUCCCCGCUGCCCAGCCGGCGCUGGGUGAGGCCUCCCAGCAGCAAGACGCAGAGGCGAUGCCGGCUGAGCCUCAAAGUGCCGACGCAUCAGUGACACAGGAUGGUGACGAUGCCUUUUCGAUGCCCGACGCAUCGUCCUUCCUUUACGACAAGACGUCGGGCUACUACUACGACCCGCAGUCCGGCCUCUACUACGACCCAAAGUCACAGUACUUCUACAAUGCCGAGAAGCAGCAGUACAUGUACUGGGACCCCGAGACCAAGCAGUACCUCCCGGCACCGACCGCGGACGACAGCAAUCCCCCCGGAGGGUCGCAGGAGGGCGACGGUGGUGACGGUGGCGGUGCCGGCGGUGCCGGCGAUGCCGGCGGUGGUGGCGAGGAGUCAACGGCAGUGAGUCGGGCGUCCGACGAGAGCAAGAUGAUGCCACCGCCGCCACCGCCCGCACCGACGCCGCCCACGGGCAGAGACGCCAGCGCAGAGAGGGAGAGGAAGAUGAUGAAGCCUAAGACGAGGCUUGCUCAGCAGGUGAGCGGGAAGAUCGCCAAGGACAUGGAGCGCUGGGCGAAGACGCUCAACCGCAACAAGCAGCAGCCGCCCAGGGACCUGCCGCUGCCAUGCCACCCUCCCCCUCCCGCCGGUCCCGGCCAUUCCUCACCCCCGAGCCAACCACUGGGAGGACGCGGCGGUGGUGGCGGCGGCGGCGGCGGUGAUGGCGCCCGCAAGAGGGAGGCGGCCGCUGCAGACGCCGGCUUCUCGCUGCUGGAGAAACUGAACAUGCAGAAGCCCAGGACGCCGCUGGGGCAGGAGCGCGCGGAGCGCUCGCUGGAGCUGAAGAGGAGCGACUCCCGGAGGCUGGAGAAGCGCAAGGCCAGUCCCCCGGCUGCCCCCGUGGGUCUCGUGUCGUACGGCGGGGACAGCGACAGCGAGGAGGAGCCCACGCCGGCCACCGCCGCCGCCGUCGUGGAAGCGCAAGCGCCGCGCCGAGACGAGAAGCUCACCGAUUGGCAGAAGCUGGCGUGCCUGCUGUGCCGGCGCCAGUUCCCCACCAAGGAGGCGCUCAUCCGCCACCAGCAGCUGUCCGACCUGCACAAGCAAAACUUGGAGAUCCACAGGAGAGCCAAGCUGUCCACCAAGGAGCUGGAGGAGCUGGAGAGGAGGGAGAGGGAGAUCACCGUGGAGAUGCUGAAGCAGCGGGGAGGGACCAUGUCGAGGGAGAUGGAGGACAAGGAGUCCAAGUAUAGGGACCGUGCGGCCGAGCGGAGGGUGAAAUUCAAGGCCCCCACACCCCCGGAGCCCAAGAGGAAAUACUUCCAGGCACCGACCAUAGACUACGAGCAGCCGACGAAGCACGGUAUCGGAAGCAGCAACAUCGGCUCCAAGAUGCUGCAGGCCAUGGGCUGGCGGGAGGGCAUGGGUCUGGGCCAGAAGAGACAGGGCCGCACGACCCCCGUGGAGGUGACCCAGCGGCCCCAGGGCUCGGGUCUGGGCGUCCGCGGCAGCAACUACGGCAUGUCGUCCGAGUCGUACAAGGCCCACGUGCUCAAGACCACGGCCGCCCGCUUCAAGGAGCUUGACUAGCGAGCCCCCCUACCCCGCCGGCACCGUCGCUGGCGCAGAGACUUGGCGUGACCCGCCGUGACUUGGCGUGACCCGCCGUGACUUGGCGUGACCCGCCGUGACUUGGCGUGACCUUGCGGUCCGUGUGUGACCCCGCGACCCCACGACCCCACGCUUUGGAAGAUGGCGAAGGGUCGGCCCCCCACAUCACUAGGGCUACCUGCUGGCUGUCCAGGAGGCCAGCCGAAGUCCCCCUGUCCUAUCGUGAAGUUUACGCCGCUCGCUCGUCGUCGCGAUGGUCCGAUGGUGGCCGCGUUUGCCGUCCAGCUGCUGGAAGCAAGAGCUCUGCAGCUGGGGCGGCCGCGUGCGUGUGUGGGCGGGGUUGUUGUGUACACGUGCGUGCGAGAGCGGGGCUGUUGUGUACACGCGCGCGAGUGUGUGUGUGUGCGCGUGAUAACGCGUGCGCAGUUGUGUACACGCGCGUGUGCGUACGUGUGCGUGCAUGUGAGAGCGGGGCAGUUGCGUACACGCGCGUGUGUGUGUUGCGUGCGUGUGAGAGCGGGGCUGUUGUGUACACGCGCAUGUGUGUGUGUGUGCGUGUGAGAGCGGGGCUGUUGUGUACAUGCGCGUGUGUGUGUGCGUGCAGCUAUUCCGCAGACCUUGAUCGUAUAAUUAACCUUCGUAAAAGCUUGACAUCGCUUCGGCACGGGUUGGCGAUUAAUUUGUCGGCGCGGUGCGGGCAUUCGGGGGGCCGUACCCGAGUACAUUAUUUUUUAAAAAGCAAACCUGGUUGUCGAACGCAGUUUUAUUAUCGGUUCAUAAAAAAUAAUUACGGAUGCAAUUGAAACAGUCCGAUCUGGGUGCGAUUUUGACAGACGUCCAACCAAUUUUGCCGCGUGCAGCGAUACCGCUGGGAUGGCGGUGCCAUCGAUCCGAGUUGACAGCGGCGGAGGGGAUAGAAAUGCCCCCCCGAAAACAACGGCGACGUGACGCGAGAUGUGAAGGGAUUUCGCGCACAAACACAAAUCGGUGUUUAAAUAGAAUGAGUCCUCUUGAGCACUUAGUCGGCCCGGGCAGAGAUCAUGUUCAGACCGAUCGCAGCUCAACUACAAUAUGAAGUUACGGUAACGUUAAACAGAGAUGUGGGUGGGGGGGCGUGUUAGUAAUGAGCUGAGCGUUGGUCAUGUGGGAUAGACCCCCCCCCCCGCCCACUUGCUCCUGCCGGGCUGUCAAGUGCAGAUGGGCACCGAUGCCUCAUUGCUCAUUCGAGCAGCAGCAGCAGCAGCAGCAGCAAAUCACUUCGACUUUUUAGUUCGCCUGAAACGAUUUCAUUUGGCAGGAAGAGCCCACUGCGACUUGGCCAUCACAAAUGACAGCUCAACCAGGAGUGUGGCUUUUCAUCGCGUGGACAUUUAUAGCAGCCGAACAAUCGCCUUGCCGUGCUUCGCGACUCUCGCGUGAGGCGUGCGGCUUGGGUCACUCGUCUUGAUUUCCAUGUUGGGCAGUGUUUGUGAAGAUCCAUUGUCAGCCGUUGGUGUUUUCCCCCAGUGACCAUGCUGAUACAAUUAUGCGAUUACAUUUUUCAUUUCGUGUCUUAUUAACAGGCGCGCUGCGUGUGUCGGCUGUUUAAAAAAAAUCGACACGGAUUAUUUGUGAUCACGUGGCUCUCGCGACGAAACUCUGGUGCGGGUCUCCGUUGCGGAUUCUGGAGUACGGUUGCGAGCGAUGCCCUCGCCAAUGUGACGUUGUGGAUGAUUGUUUUUGACGCAACCCGAUAUCAAUAAAUUUUACACGAAACAACAUCCUGGCGGCAGAGUGGGAGCGCGGUGGUGGCACCACCACUGUGCCGAAGCAAGAAGGGCCUGGGUUCGGUUCCCGACCCGGGCGCCGUCCUCUUUGGAGUUGUGUUUGUUCUCUCUCCUCUUCUGUGUGGGGUUCCGCCGGCUUCUCCAGAUGUUUCUCCCGUAGCCCAAGGAAAACACCCCUCACACAAUCUCACUGAUGUUGGCCAUAAACAUCCCCGAUGCUGAAAAAUUACCUGCAGAUGUCUUAAUUGGGAGCAAAGACUAAGACGCAUCGCCCCCGUGCGCCUCUUUUUGUAGACUUGGUGCAAGUGCUGUUCGCGAGCACCUAUGAAGGCCGGCAUGGCACACGAGGGGGUGGGUGGCCAGUACCACGCCCGGCCCCCACCGCCUUUGUCUCCCCUGUGGCGAUGUUUACACACCGCAUCAGAUACCCAUUUGAGGCUGAGUCGACCGAGGGGAGGCCCAGAAUCGGUUCGGUUAUUCGUCACCGACGUUGGCCGUGAGCGGGAAUCGAACUCGGGCCGCCGGGUUCGUAGCGCAGCGCGUGGACCUGCGAUGCUGACGGUCCCCUGUACAUUGUGAGCACGCACAGCAGCAGCAGCAGCAUCGCAUCCUCCUGGUGCUGUGAACAGCUGGCAGGAUCCUCCUGAGGAAGAGUUGAGACUCGGCGAGGCUCAUUUGAGGAGGU